UACUAAAACGUGAUUUUAUCAGGAAACAAAGCCGCUCUUAUCGGCGCAUUUUUGUGAUUUUGAAGUGCCUUUUUUGACUUAAUUUUCACGCUUUUCACGCGAAAAUAUCAUUUAGAAUUAAACGAGUAAGUUUACAGGAAAAGUUAUAAAAAUGGAAAACGGCGAGAACUACACGGAGGAAUAUAAGCGUCUUCUAACCUUUGAAUUCUGCCCUUUGGCACUGACGGUGCCCCAAAAAUGCAAUCUUGCUGCCCACGCCCUCAUAUACCGAGCUUCAACAUCCUCCACAACCCCUAUUGUUUGCGUCAAGUGUCGAGAUUCGUUUGCUUUUGAGUCCUACGAGACUGCUCUAGCUCACGAAUGUGGGGCCACAUCUUCCAACAAUUGGGAUGAACAAAACAGCCCAAUCCCAUCGCCAUGUACUGACGCUGGAGAGAAUUUGGCAAUGGAAGCCUACCGCCUGGCAACAUUUAAGAAGUAUCCGGGAAUCAAUUCGUUGGAACAGAUGAGGAGUCUUGCAUCGUGUGGCUUCUACUUUGACAAGAAGCCCGAUCACAUUAAGUGCUAUUCCUGUGGCUUCGGACUCACCUUCAUCACAUUUGAACCCAUCAAUGCUGUGAAAGCCCACAAUACCUUUUCCGUUCUCUGUGAGCCACGUGAGAGCGAUCAGAAUCACACAAUGACUAAUUUCCUAAACUCCAAGGAGGGCAAACAUCUCCUGGAUGCUGGCUAUGCUAUGAAUUCCAUUAAGAACAUUCUCAAGAAGCGCCUGACAAAUAAUCAACCUCUCGUGGUUGAGGAGAUUGCUCACGAUUUGGAGAUGAUGCGAACCAAGUCAAAGGAUGACGAACUGCUUAUUAACUCCCUCGAUAAUUUAAAUGUCAACGAGUCAGGGGAAAGGGACGCAGACGACGGAGGCCUCGUAAUGGAUCUCCUCAAUCAGGCUCAAAUUGAAAAUGAGAACAUGAAGGAAAGCAAACUCUGCAAAAUCUGCCUGACUGAUGAUGUGGCCAUGGCUUUUAUUCCCUGUGGACACUACAUGUCCUGCGAAAAGUGCGCAGUUACAUUACAAACAUGCCCGAUUUGCCGCAUGAACAUCGACAAGUCACUUAAGAUUUUUCAGUAAUUCCAAGAAGUAUUAUGAGUUGAGGUGUUCGCGAAAAUCAAUGAAUUGAUGAAAUAAGAUAAAGUAUUCAGGUUACCGUGCCAAAAAGUAAGUAAGAAAAAAAUGUAAAAAAAAUAUUUUUGAGAAUUCAAUAUAUUUCCAACAUUUAUAAAAAAAAUCAAAAAUGUUUAUAUUGAGUAGAUGGAGGAGAUAAAAUAUAAAAGAGGAGACAAAGAGCAAGAUGCUGAA